UGUCAUUAAUUUAAAUCAAGAUGACACGAACGCGGCACUAUUUACACGUAGUAACACAUACAAGAAUGAAUUCGUCAGUAAAUGUCCAAUUUAGAUCGCAAUCGAUGCAGUCGAACGUUCAAUGAAAUCGCGUAUAGCUCGCGGAUGAGAUCAAGGUGACGAGGGAAGAUUAUUGCAGUGAAGCGAGCGAGAUAGCGACGCACUAAUUUUCCAUCGAUCAGUCGAGUUUACGCAGUGCGAAUGAGUUGUUGCGUUGCGUGCGCGUAGUAUAACGUGUAAUUCCGCAGAAACUCCAUCGGCACAAAGCCGUCGUCGCGUUCGUUUAUUUUUUGCAAAAUUACGCGAGUCAUCUCUCUUACUUAGAGUUUGUAUUAAAAUGUUCAUAUUAAACUGAAAGCUUAUAUUAAAAGUGACAAAUAGUUAAAAGCAAAAGAAAGAUGAAAUAGAAGAAAAUGCGUCACUUUCAAGAAUAUUAUUGUGCACGCCGGAUCAAAUAAUUUUUUUUUUUAAUGAUUCUUGACGACGUGAACAAGAAGAAUCAUAUAAGAAGCGAUUAACUAGAUAAACAACUAAUUAAAAAUGUCGGGAGAUUAUCGUCAAGUGCAUCUUUCAGGAAAUCUGCAAAAUGUAAAUAAUAAAAACUAAUGUUUUAUUAAUCAACGGAACUAUGUGUCGAGUGAGAAAGCCUUUAUUAUGAAACUAAAAGAGACAUGGAAAUUUGUUCCAAAAUAAACAGAAUAAAAAAUCUCCAAUUAACCAAUUCUCAUUGCGACUGACAGGUAAUUCUUCGAAUAUCCCAAAACUUGGACUAUCCAAACGUCAAAUAUAACAAGCGACCCAAAUACGAAAUUCUUCACAUCUUUUGCAGGAAUAUUUGAGUUAGUGCAUCUUUUGUCGUGCAAUACCCUUCCGAAAUGUCCUUCAGACGCCUUCCUCUAAUUAUUUGGGUUGAUUGAGUCUCCAUUAGAUCACCAAUGUUUCUAUCCUUCGCGCGGGACAGAAAUUGACUCAUUCCCCACGUCGCCUGGGUGUAUAAAUAUAAAGCGAUCGAUCGCACGAGAAUUGAACGAACGGGAGAACUCUUCCCAAAAAGAGAGGCGAGAACCGGAGAGACCCUGAGAUCAUCCUUCCCACUUGGAAUGCCCCCACAUGGAACGUGCAUCUCACCUCUUAAGAUGAUCGUGCGAUUCCGUUGGAGAACGGAGGCACGUGUUCGACCGUCGACAUCGUAUCUCCGAUGAACCGGAAGCAUCGUCCGGGGAAACGAGGUGCGGCCGACGCCGAUGCCGAGAACGAUGAAGCCAUCGACGAUCAGCAGCAGCAGCAGCAGCAAUUCGUCGAGCGUCACCCGCGGUCUCUCCCUUGUUUUCCCGAGGAUCCCCUGCGAGAAUCUUACCGAUUUCAUCGGCCGCGAUGUGCUUGUUGAACGAUCGGCCGUGUAUCUGUCGGAUAUCAAGAACAUCACGUGCCUGGACCACGCGCCCAAGCUGACCAGGGAGAUAUAUCUCAAAGUCAUCGUGCUGGCAGUUAUGUCGGUUCUAAGCCUCGUCGGCAACGUGGCGACGAUAUACUCGAUCAGGAAGAAUCGCCGGAGGCAACGUGGCUGCUCGGCGAUUUACACCCUGAUCCUCCAUCUGUCAGUGGCCGAUCUGCUGGUCACCGUCUUCUGCCUCGCCGGCGAGGCAAUCUGGAGCUACUAUGUCGAGUGGCUGUGGGGCAAUGCCGCGUGCAAGAUCUUCAAGUUCCUACAAUUGUUCAGCCUGUACCUAAGUACCUUCGUACUCGUGCUGAUCGGUGUCGAUCGAUUUGUCGCGGUGCGAUAUCCGAUGAAGGGCCUCAAUACGUCUCAGAACUGUACGCGAUUCGUCCUUCUCAGUUGGCUACUGGCUCUCGUGCUCGCCACUCCGCAAAUCGCGAUAUUUCAUGUUGCGCAAGGGCCAUUCGUCGAGGAAUUUACACAAUGCGUGACACACGGUUUUUACACCGAGCCUUGGCAGGAACAGCUCUACGCAAGUUUCAGCCUAUUCUUUAUGUUCCUCCUGCCAUUAGCAAUUUUAAUCACCACAUACGUAUCCACAGUGAUUACUAUCUCUCGAAGUCAGAGAAAUUUCAAAAUGGAACCAAUGAAGACGUUCAGAAGUAGCGACUUAAAUAGGAGAAGACUGAUAAAUCGAGCGAAAACGAAGUCACUGCGCAUUAGCGUCGUCAUCGUGGCGGCAUUUCUAAUUUGGUGGACGCCGUAUCACACGAUGAUGAUAAUUCUUCUGUUCAUCAAUCCGGAUGAACAUCUCAGCCAGGAGCUGCAGAGCGGAAUAUUUUUCUUCGGUAUGAGCAACAGCCUGGUAAAUCCCCUGAUAUAUGGCGCGUUUCAUCUUUGGCCGCAGAGACAACGGCAGGGCUCUUAUCAUAGUUGCAGGUCUGACGCUUCGAUGAAUCAACGGAACAAUUCGAGGAGACGCGAAACAAAAACACCGCUUCUCUCUUAUCAGAACAGUAGCAGUAAAGUGAUUACAGUCGCACAAUAGCAAAUAAAAUAAUUUUUUAUUAAAUUAGAUUAUAUCUUACGUAAAAGAGACGAACAUACGUUGUGUAACGAUGAGAAAUAAUGGCGUAAUAUAAAAAAAACAGACAAAAAAUAAAAAGAUAAGAGAAAAAGCGUUACAGCUUCUUUAUAUCGUUCUUAGUUAAGGAUUUUUACAAAUGAAAAUUAUUCUUUUUAUUUAUUUAAAAAAGAGAAGAUCUUAGUAUCGAAUAGGUAUAAGUUUAUAGCUAUAAGUUUAUAAAAAUUUGAAUUGUUCAUUUUUUUAAUUAAAAAAAUAUGUUCUUGUACGUAUGUUUGUUCAUUUAUAUCUAAUUUAGGCGCAAGAAUAUAAUUGCAUUUGUAAUAUGUAUACUUUAAAAUAGAAAUU